UAGGGAAAGACCAAGUUAGUUUGUAGCUCAGCAACAACUCAUCCUAGAGCUUGCAGAGCAAGAGGGAGUUGAAGUAUGGCAACCUCUGUUCCGAGUGUACUACUACUACCUGUGCCUACCUGCACCGAUAUGCUAGUCUCACCAGUAGAAGGAGGAGAUCUGCUGCACUGUAAACCCCACUUUGAUCACCAUCCUAAUGUCUGGGGCGAUUACUUUCUUACCUUCUCACCCUGCACUCCAUCAAUGCUUCUGAAUAUGAAGAGAAAAGCUCAUGUUUCCGAGGAACAAGUGAGAAGGAUGAUACUUGAGUGUUCUUCUGGCCCCAAUUUGCACGUAAAACUUGAGCUCGUCGACACCUUAGAACGUCUUUGCAUUGACUACCACUACGAGAAGGAGAUUGAAAAUGUGUUGCGCCGGGUUCAUGAGGAAGAAGACGAUACCGACAAUCACUAUGACCUCCACACUACAGCUCUCCGGUUCUAUCUGCUCAGGAAGCAUGGAUACUAUGCCUCUCCAGAUGUGUUCCAGAGGUUCAGGGACGAGGAAGGAAAUUUCACACGCGAUGAUAACAAUAACGGCACAAGAAGCAUGCUGAGCUUGUACAAUGCUGCCCAUCUCAGGAUUCAUGGGGAGGAGAUACUCGACGAUGCUAUCGUCUUCACUAGGAACUAUUUGCAGUCUGUGGUAAAACAUCUGCAGUCGCCAAUGGCGGACGAGGUGUGCAGUGCACUUAGGACCCCUCUUUUCAGGAGGCCAAGAAGAGUUGAAGCAAGGCACUACAUCUCAGUUUACGACAAGUUGCCCACACGAAAUGAGACCAUUUUGGAGUUCGCCAAGCUCGACUUUGGGAUUUUGCAAUCUCUGUAUUGCGAGGAGCUCAAUAUCCUCACCAUGUGGUGGAAAGAGCUCCAACUCCAGGAUCAUCUAAGCUUUGCGCGAGAUAGGAUGGUGGAGAUGCACUUUUGGAUGCUUGGAGUUCUCUUCGAGCCUCAGUACUCAUAUGGGAGAACCAUGCUCACUAAAUUGUUCAUCUUUGUCUCGAUUUUCGAUGACAUCUACGACAACUACAGCACCUUGGAAGAAAGCAAGCUGUUCACAGAAGCAAUUGAAAGAUGGGAUGAGGAAGCCGCUGAAGAACUUCCAGGCUACAUGAAGUUCUUCUACAAGAAAGUACUGACCACCAUGAAAUCCAUAGAAACUGAUCUUAAACUCCAAGGGAACAAGCAUGUCGACUAUGUCAAAAACCUAUUAAUCGACGCUACGAGAUGCUUUUACAACGAGGUGAAAUGGCGCUCUGAAGGUGCAGAUCAGGUAGCUGCUACGGUGGAGGAGCACCUCAAGAUUUCAGUGCCAAGCAGCUGCUGCAUGCACGUCCCUGUCUACGCCUUCGUCGCCAUGGGAAACGAUGUCACAACCGAUGAUGCUAUCAACUGGGGCAUGGCCUACCCCAAGAUCAUCACAUCUUCCUGCAUCGUUGGCCGAUUACUCAAUGACAUAGCUUCACAUGAGAGAGAGCAAGGGUCUUCGUCGUCGUCGUCGUCGACGGUGGAAGCCUGCAUGAGGGAGCACGGCGGCAUCACGAAGGAGGAAGCCUACGCGAAGCUGAGGGAGCUCGUGGAGGAGUCAUGGAUGGACAUCGCCGGGGAGUGUCUCCGGCCGGCGGCGGCUCAGCCGCCGCCGCUGCUGGAGGCCGUCGUCAACGCCACACGCGUGCUGGAUUUCGUCUACAAGGACGACCAAGAUGCAUACACUCAUCCAAGUUCGCUCAAGGAUACAAUACACUCCAUCUACAUCCUCUCUGUUUAAUUAGUUUUCUUCUAAUGAAGCGUGACUGUAUUUCAAUUAUUAGGUCUUCUAUAUAUGUAUAUGUUGAACUUUGGGAAUAUUUUUGCCUUGUAAAAUAUGUUUUUUUUCCAUUGAAAUAUGAAUACAGUGGUAUUACUUUUGUGUUA